CAAAUAGUCAUGAAGAUUUUUCAAACUACAUUACCCAAAAUAGCAAUAGAGUUAAUGUUGUGUUUAAAUACCUGCUACAACAGUUGUUUCACGUCAUCACCACAGGAGGACGCUCUUUUUCUGACCAUGAAUUGCCAAACUGGGAAACGUCAAAUUUGUCUUAAGUAAAAUGUAUAUUUAAUUAAACAUAUCUAAUACUUUCCAGGACACUCAAAGGUGCUUCACAAAAUAAUAUGAACAUCAAGUGGAAUAAAUUAUUUAGAAAAGAUUAAAACUGUUAAUUGUGUAAAGAAAAGAAAAUUAAUUUCAAGAUUAAAGCCAGUUACAUAUUUUAUUAAUAUUAGUUAAAACUGUAUUUGUCUUGAAUUUUUUCCGGUAUAUUUAUACUUGCAUAUAUUGUACCACAGAAAAUGUUGUUAUCUUCUCUUAACACAUAUUUUGGGCAUUUAUGGUAAAAAAUUAUUUGGAAAAAUAAAAAUUGUAAACAAAAACAUUUGAAAUUCUUGAAUGGAGGCAGCUGGAGGCAAAAAUAAAGUAGAAUAUAAUGCGAUUUUCAUGGGGAAACUAGGAUUAAUUUCAGAAUAUCACAAAUUAUGAAAAAUCAAGGACAAUUUGGAAAAUGAAAACCACUCAGACACUCGUGAGUGAUAUCAGAGUUCAGUUUAAAAACCUUUACAAUUGUGUUUAUUUGUUUAUUUGACAAGAGAUUAUGAUAGACAAAGCAUUUUUACAAAGGCAAAAUCCAUAUUUUGAGGUUUUACUGGACAAAUCCUUACAGAAAUGUUGAGCCCACAGCACUUUUUCACUUCAUCUACAGAUAUAUUACACAUUCAUCAUACUUUUUGUAAAGCCCAAAUACUAUUUUAGGGUUAGGGUUAGAAAACUGUAUUUCUUUCUUUCCUUCUUAACAGAGAAGCAAAGUAAAUAAGAUUUGUACCUUGAAAAUUCAAAAUGGUUGCUUAUUUUUUAUUAUUAUGUCAUAAAACCAAAGCAUUUAUCUGGGUUAGCUAGUCACUUAAUAAUUGAAAAUAUAUAAUGCUUCAUUUUGCUUUGCCUCCAUUCCAAAAUUUUGAACAUUUAGAUUUCAAAGGGUCUAUAAUAGCUCUAUGCGAUUUCUGUUUUGUUUUUUGUUAAGUUGUUCAUGUUUGUACUCUAAAAUCGUGUUGUAGUUUGUGGACAUUUUUUUUCCCGACAGCCCCUGAACCCGUGGGCGGAGCUGAGCCUUCCAUGGCCGGGAGAGAGCGCACCUCCUCCGGGCGCAGCGGCAGCGGCAGCGGCAGCGUGGACAUGUCCGACCCGGCGGCACAGGCCCUACAACCCCGGCUCCUGCACCACCAACAGGGCGCCUCGGGGGGCUCGGCUGGGUCCGCGGCGGGCGCUACUCCCUCCUCCGCGACCGGCAGUAGCGACCCGGCCAGACCCGGCCUCAGCCAGCAGCAGCGGGCGAGCCAGAAGAAAGCCCAAGUCCGAGCGUUCCCACGGGCGAAGAAGCUCGAGAAACUUGGCGUCUUCUCGGCGUGCAAGGCUAACGAUACGUGCAAAUGCAAUGGAUGGAAAAACCCAAAUCCACCCACGGCCACCCGUAUGGACCUCCAGCAGCAAGCGGCCAGCCUGAGCGAGCCCUGCCGCAGUUGUGGACAUGCCCUGGCGGACCACGUUUCGCACUUGGAGAACGUAUCCGAGGAUGAGAUCAACAGACUGCUGGGAAUGGUUGUGGAUGUGGAAAAUUUAUUUAUGUCAGUGCACAAAGAAGAGGAUACUGAUACCAAACAAGUCUAUUUUUAUCUUUUCAAGUUGUUGAGAAAAUGCAUCCUACAAAUGAGCCAGCCUGUUGUGGAAGGAUCUUUGGGGAGUCCGCCCUUUGAGAAGCCAAACAUUGAACAGGGAGUCUUGAAUUUUGUGCAGUAUAAAUUCAGCCAUCUGGCGCCAAAGGAGAGGCAGACCAUGUUUGAGCUUUCCAAAAUGUUCCUCUUGUGCCUAAAUUAUUGGAAACUGGAGACGCCGACUCAGUAUCGCCAGCGCACUCAGAAAGAAGAUGCUACGGCCUACAAAGUGGACUACACCAGGUGGCUCUGUUACUGCCACGUCCCACAGAGCAAUGACAGUUUACCCCGAUAUGAAACCACUCAGGUGUUUGGACGCAGUUUACUCAAGUCCAUCUUCACGGUGACACGACGCCAACUACUGGAGAAGUUCAGAGUCGAGAAAGACAAACUGCUGCCAGAGAAACGCACACUCAUCCUCACUCACUUCCCCAAGUUUUUGUCGAUGCUUGAAGAGGAGAUCUAUGGAGAGAAUUCACCGAUCUGGGAGGCAGAUUUCAUCAUGCCCGCUUCAGAUGGGGCACAACUUGGGCAAACAGGGAUCAGUGCUUCUGUUGUCUCUGGCUCUCCUCGCCUUGUGAAGGGUUUGAGCAGCGCCUCCUCUCUCACCAGUCUGGAUGCAGGAGUUACAGAGACUAUAACAGGGGAGAAGCGUAAACUCCCAGAGGCACUGACGCUGGAGGAUGCCAAAAGGAUUCGUGUGAUGGGAGACAUUCCGAUGGAGCUGGUGAAUGAAGUCAUGAUGACCAUCACAGACCCCGCUGCUAUGCUUGGACCAGAGACGAGCCUGUUGACCCCAAACGCUGCCCGGGAUGAGACCGCACGGUUGGAGGAGCGUCGUGGCAUCAUUGAGUUUCAUGUGAUCGGGAAUUCUCUCUCUCAGAAGUCCAAUAAGAAGAUCCUGAUGUGGCUGGUGGGGCUGCAGAACGUCUUCUCUCACCAGCUCCCCCGAAUGCCCAAAGAGUACAUCACAAGACUGGUGUUCGACCCGAAGCACAAGACCCUGGCCCUUAUCAAAGACGGCCGAGUCAUUGGAGGCGUCUGUUUCCGGAUGUUUCCCACUCAGGGCUUCACAGAGAUCGUCUUCUGUGCCGUGACCUCCAAUGAGCAAGUCAAGGGCUAUGGAACUCACCUGAUGAACCACCUCAAAGAGUACCACAUAAAACACAGCAUCCUCUACUUCCUCACGUAUGCAGACGAGUACGCCAUCGGGUACUUCAAGAAGCAGGGAUUCUCCAAAGACAUCAAAGUGCCCAAGAGCCGUUACCUUGGUUACAUCAAAGACUACGAGGGCGCUACGCUAAUGGAGUGUGAGCUAAACCCCCGCAUCCCCUACACAGAGCUGUCCCACAUCAUCAAGAGGCAGAAGGAGAUCAUAAAGAAGCUGAUUGAGAGGAAGCAGAGUCAGAUCCGGAAGGUUUAUCCUGGACUCACCUGCUUCAAAGAGGGAGUGAGGCAGAUCCCAGUGGAGAGCAUCCCAGGCAUCAGAGAAUCGGGCUGGAAACCAAGCAGCAAAGACAAAGGCAAAGAGGUGAAGGACCCAGACGUGUUGUACAACAUGUUAAAGAACCUACUGGCCCAGAUAAAGACCCACCCUGAUGCUUGGCCUUUCAUGGAGCCAGUGAAGAAGUCAGAAGCUCCAGAUUACUACGAGAUCAUUCGCUUUCCCAUUGACUUGAAGACGAUGACUGAGCGCCUGAAGAACAGAUACUACGUGACGAAAAAACUGUUCAUCGCCGACUUGCAGCGCAUCAUCACAAACUGUCGCGAGUACAACCCCCCCGACAGCGAGUACUGCAAAUGUGCCAAUACUCUGGAGAAGUUCUUCUACUUCAAACUCAAAGACGGGGGCCUCAUCGAGAAAUGAGCUCCCCUUUAAACACAGACUGCACUCAUGACGUCACAGUGGCCAUUUUGAAACCACGGAGGAGACGCAAGAAGAAGCAAUGCGCACUGCUCAUUUUAAAGGAUAGUAAAAUGUAAAGGGAACAGUUUGGAUAAAGUAGUUACACCAAUAAGGAAUAACAUUAAGACCACUUACAGGUAAAGUUCAUUAGACUGGUAUCAAGAAGUAGGCGAUAAAUUAUUUUUGCAUUAUGACAAAAAACUAUUAUUGAGUACAUGGUUUAUAUUACAAAAAAAGUCUAAAAGUCAAAACUUACUAUUUAACUUGUCAAUUAACUUUGUCAAUUAACUUUUUAGUAUGUUUGUAGUGGACAAAUUGGAACCUAGGUCACAGCAUCUACAAAAUUGCAGCUCUUGCCUGGUAUUCCUGGUUUGGACCUGGUUUAGACUUGCUUUUAAAUCUGGUUUGAGACCUGGUUUAAACUUGAUUUGGAGCUGGUUUGGAGCUGGUUUAGACUUGCUUGAGACUUGCUUUAAAUCUGGUUUAGACUUGGUUUAGACAUGGUUUGGACUUGGUUUAAACCCAGUUUCGACUUGGUUUUGUCCUGCUCCAGACGUGCUCCUUCAAAAUUGGAUUAAAAAAGGAACUAUUGAAGAUGAAUUCCUAAAAGUUAAUCCCAUAAAAUAUGCCCUUUGCAUCACAAUAAGACUGUAUUGAGACUUUAGUAACCAAGUGGUCAUAAUGUUUUGCCUUUUUGGUGUGUUUUUAAAAAAAAAAAAAAAAAAAAAAAAGCCUUUGUUGCAGAAAGCUUUACCUUCCCCCGUCUUCACGUUUGCCAAUCCACGUCUCAUUAAAUGUACCAAAGUUCUAGGUCCAAGUGAAACCGAUGCAAGAGUUGGUUAACAGUAAAGUUCAUUCCAGUUUAGUCUCUCACAAAAUUAUUAGAAAAAAAAAUAGAGUAACUGCACCUCGGGACCUAAGCCAUGUUGCCUUUGUUUCCGAUCAACACUUGAACGUCACAUACAUUUAUGUCUUGAAUAAUAUUUGUACAGAUAUAAAAAAAAAAAAGAACCCCGAAAGACUGCGUCGUUUUCUGCUUAAAGGCGCUGUACCUGAUUUUUACGGUCUUAAAAAACAGUUUACAGUGGUUCAAAGUUAUUCCUCACUUACUUUUCGCAUUCUGAGCAUCCUCAUUUUUCAGUGAUAAGUUUACAAGCGCUUUUCAUAACUUUCAGAGGCCAGUGCUUAGUUUUGCCUGUAAUGCAAACAACUAGCAUGCUAACAGUGCACUUCCAGAUAAUCGGACAAUAAAAAUUAGUUGCCUACAGUACAGAGCGGACUUAUUUUUACCGAGAGCUGCUUAUACCAUAUAUUUGUACUAGCGAAAGACUUGUUUUUGAUGAAUCGGGUACAGGGCCUUUAAUAAUCUACAUCUAAUUUAAAAAGUCCCAUUACUGACUCCUCCUUUCAUUGUGUUUGAUAUUUAUUUCCAUCAGUCGUCGUCAGCUUAUCAGUGAGAUGAAGGAUACAUACACGUGUGAACUUUUUUGGUCUGUUGGAAUUGGAAAUCAUACUUGAAAAACGUCCGUAUCGUCACACAGCUCAGCCAAUAACAAUGUAGUAGCCCUAGUGUGUCAGCAGGGGUCAGUAGAGCAACAAAAGAUAAGAGCCUGCGUUUGUCUCACAAUGGGGAAAUUGCAGUGUUGCAACAGCAUAGUUCAAACAAGACAAAAAAAAGAAGAAAAAUUGGACAUCGAAAAGCAUACAUUACAACCAAAUGUAUUUACUGACUUUGAACAAGAGAAAAUACUUCAAACGUUGCGCUCUUUUGUUGGAACAGUUUUGGACAGUUUGGAUGCUUGUGGUUUAAUAUCUAAAGUACUGUCAAUUCACCACUCCUUUGUAAUUUUAUUUUAUAUUUUAAGACUUGGAGCUUGUAAGUGAAAGGGUCUGUACCUGAUUUUUAACUUUAAAGGGGCAAUAUUGAACUUUUCUGGUCCAGUUAGUACUUGUUUCCAUGGAGAUGUUUUUGCAUUGCCUGAAAUGUUCCGCAGCACGACAUCAAUCGUAUCCAUCUUGUGCUCAAUUGCAGAUGCUUAUUUAGGUGUCUUAAAAUACCUAGAAAAAAACAUGCAAGGUCACCUCAGCACAGAUCCGACCUGUAACCUUUCCUUGUGUUAUCAUCUACUUGUCCCCAAUGGUUAUAGAUGUAAUGCCAUAUUUUGGUAGCCAGGCUGGCGCCACCUAGUGCCUUCACUCAAUUUCAUUUCUCUCCAAUCACUAGAUCAGGAAUCAGAAUACACUAGAUGGUUUGCAAGAACCCCGGAAGUGCGAAUUCGGGCACCAGCCAAUCAGUGAAGAGCCAUAUAUUCUGUGUUGGCAACGAUUCCCGAGAUCGAGGAUUUAAAGCCGGAACAAAGAGAAUGUUUGGUGAAUUUUAACAACGGGAAAGAUGUUCUUGCUCUUCUUCAUACGGGAUUUGGGGAAAAAAGCUUAAUAUACCAGUUAGCCCCAUUAGCGGCGCAUUAGAUACGUCAUGACGAAAUAGUAGCGAUUGGUUAAAUAAAAGAGUGCCCGCCUACCGUCAAGCGAACGAAUCCUAACGCUGCGAGGUCAGAUGGUUUCUACAAAGUGAAACUGGCUGAUGAAUCAGGCUAAUACUUUGGGACAUUCUGGGUAAAGCAAUCACAUCUCCAUGGAAACAAUUAAGAAGCAGAGCCUCCAUCAGAAGAGUUAAAUAGUGCUCCUUUACAUGUGAACUGUAGCCCCGCCCACUUUCUCCCUUUGCAACUUUGCACCAUGACACAAAUACGGCUGUGUGGGAUGGUUUUAUUUACUUAUUUCAUCACAGUUCCUAAUAAUAGUUGUGUUUUCAGGCUUGAAAGUGCACCAUCAACUGUCUGUGAUGGUGUCAGGCAUUUUGUUUCUGGAGAUUCUUAGUUCCUGAUUGGUUCAAAGUUUUUGAUCCUGACAGUAGUCUUGUCCACGAGUUAUUAUCCAUCAAAAUGCCUUGUAAAAUUCAUAGGUUAUAUCUUUCAGUCUCCAUUUUUUCCCCUCACUUUUCUGCAUUUACAGUUCACCUCGUGACAUAAAGGCCAUUUAUCUCAACCAGAAGAAAAUAAAAUCAGGUACAGGCCCUUUAACGAAUCUGCCAAAAUCUGUGUUCUUUGUCUUUGUUUUCCUUUCUGUGUUCAUAUCCGCAUUCUAAUUUGUUUUUUUGCCACAUGUUAUGACAACAGUUGAAGCUAUAGGCACAGUUGGUGUUACAGUUUUAUUCAAAUGAACGAGUUUAAAGGUGCAGUACGUAACGUUUCUGGUGGACAAAUCGUGAUCAACCUGCUAGAUUCCAAGCAGAUGCAGAUGCACGUUAAACUCUGCUGGCAAGCACAUGGCAGAACCUCGACCAGAAAAGUUGCAUAGUGCAGCUUUAAUGUCAUACAGCGUUGCUUUGGGUUUGGCCUGUGCAUUAGUUUGCUUUUGUGUGUUACUUUUGAUGUUUUACUUGAAUCAUUUUGAUGGUAGCAGUUGACUCAACAGCACAUUUGUAGCGUGGUAAUGGAGCUCAACGGUCCCCCCCAUUUCUCUGGUUCUGGAAGUAGAUUUUCCAUUCAUUUUCCCCAUAGAAUUCCCAUAAAAAUCCAAAUAAUAAGAGUUCAAAAGCAUCAUUGGGCUACGUGUUAACUAAUAUUCAUAAUGCAGUCCAAAAAUCGACAUUAACCCAGGAUUCUGUGAAAUGUUUUAAUAACUUUGCGGUUUGUAAAGUUUCAUAAACAGAUUUGAAAUAAUGGAAAGGUAACUAAGUGUAACUGUGUAACUUUUUUAGUGGAGGUCCAUCACUUGCUCGAGUUUAUAGAGAAGUUACUGCUUUGCCUGGAUACAUUUUCCAUAGUAUGCCUUUAAACUUUUUUUCAAUUACAGGUGUUUUCAUUGCUAAAGAAAUCCCAGGAACGCAUGCAUUCUUACUGCGAGCGGGGACGCCUCUCCACAGAUCUGACUUGUUUCUUCACCUAGUGGCUUUUCCUGCUCAUCUGCUACAUUUAAUGCCAUACUGUGUACAUUUGAGGGCAAAGUAGUAACAUCAUAGGGACAAGUAAGUGGCCAAAUCUCCACCAGAAAAGUUGCAUCUUUAACUGAUCCACCCUUAGUAAGUGAUGACUGUAAAUUACCAGGAUUUUUUUUUUUUUUUAAUUUUUGGUAAUUUAAACGAUAGAAAGACUGACAAUGAGAACUGAAAAAAAAAAAAAAAAAGACAAAGUGUAUAAAGAGGGGGUAUUACGGAUUAGCUUUCCACAUUUAUGUCUUGAAUAAUAUCUGAGGAAUAUUUGUACAAAUAUUAACAAAAUAACUCCAAAAUAAUUAUUCACAGUGAUGGUUUUACAAGCGCUUUUCACGACUUUCAGAGGCUAGAGCGUAGUUUCGUCUGUAAUGCAAACAACUAGCAUGCUAACAGUGCACUUCCAGCUGAAAUGCUUCACAAUUAAAUGCAUAAAUCAGGUACAGGGCCUUUUAAAAAUCAGAAAAGUUACACAGUGCUGGUGUAACGUCGUAUAGCGUUGCUUUGGGUUUGGCCUGUGCUUUAGUUUGGAUUUGUGUGUUAGCGUUCUAAGGAUGCACCGAUACCAAUACUAGUUAACGAACAUGAACACAGACACUGAAAAAUUAUCUGGAUCGAGUAUUGGUUCCAUGAUAUCGGUUCAGUCGAUAUCCUGGUUGGGCGUUUAAUUUGAUAUGACACUAUUUACAGGCUUAGUACUUCUCAUAAUAUUUGAACUUUAAUUCAUACAAAGUAGAUUCUGUAGUGAUUUGAAAGAUAAAUUAGUUACAUAACACAAUUUGAUCUCUCAUCUGGCGUAAAUAACUGUGGUUUAAGUAAAUAAAAUCUGUACUGACUGAUAUUUAAAAGUCAAAGUAUCGAUAUCAGAACUGAAACAGCUGGAAAAUGCAUUACUGUUUAUAACAUUGUUCCGUUGCCAAAACAUGUCUGAAGAGGUUUUCGGUGUCAGAAAGCAAACAUUUUAAAACUUACAAAACAUAAUAUUUAAUGUUUUCAGCAAAUACUGCAUUUUCAAGACACUUAAGGGUAACAUGGUGAUCUAAAUAUGUUAUAUGUUAGCAGUUAAUACCGCAUAAAAGUAAAAUACCCCCUCUUUAACCAUGCUCUAUCUGUGCUGUUGAGUUCUACCACUGAGUUUGUAUUGUCCUGCGCUGUAGCUACAUUAUAUCGACAGGGUCUUAUCCACCGAUGCUGCGUUUCGAUUACGGUCAGUAAGAGUGACUCACAAAUACACAUGCAUAUUAAACCUGUAUUAAGUUACAGUAUCACUUUCUCUAUAACUGUUCAUCACAAUAAAGGUGUGUUUUUGUA